CAUUCGAGAUGUCCGUGGACAUGAGAUCAGUGUGCGAUAUUUAUCAAUCUAAAUCCGUCUUGAUAACGGGGAGUACUGGAAGCCUGGGAAAAAUUUUGGUAGAAAAACUUCUUCGCUGCUGUCCUGGAAUCGUACACAUCUACUUAUUAGUGAGGCCAAUUCAUCAGUCCAGCACAAGUGCGUCCCAACGAUUGUCGAAUUUCUUGAAAUCACCGUUAUUCAACAAACUACGUAACGACGACGCUCAUGUCUUCAAUAAAAUAGUCCUGGUAGAGGGUGAUUUGAAGCUGCCGAACAUAGGCAUCUCCGCGAGCGACAGAAUAUCCCUAAUGAACAAUGUAUCUGUUGUAUUUCAUUGCGCUGCAGAUAUGAAAUUCGAUGCUGAACUGAAAGAUAUCACAUCAGUCAACGUUUUCGGAACACGCCGCUUACUCCAACUCUGUAAGCAAAUGAAGAAGCUUGAGGCUUUCGUUUACGUAUCAACAUUAUACUCCACAUGCCACAAUGCAGUCAUUGAAGAAUGCGUUCCUCUCAUUCCGCCUUUCAAUGGGAUAGCGGAUUGGAACGAGCGCGAUGAAGAUGAAGUCGUUCACCUGACACCGCAGGAAUUAUUGGAUCAAUGGCCGAACACAUACACGUUCUCCAAGGCUGUUACAGAAAUCAUGCUGGAUGGGUAUAAGCAUUUGAUACCGAUUAGCAUUGUUCGACCAUCAAUUAUUCUGUCGACUCUGAGGGAACCAAUGCCAGGAUGGAUUGACAAUUACUAUGGACCAACAUUGAUGAUCUGCAAUAGUUCACUUGGUUUGAAGAGAUCUUUACACGGCUAUCUCCAAGGUGUAGCCAACUUCAUCCCAACUGACUUGGUUGUGAAUGUAAUCAUUUGUGCCGCAUGGAAAACUGUCCAGCAAAAUUCUCCCGUGAUGAAAAUUUAUAAUUGCUGUACCGGUAAGCGGAAUCCCAUAACUUGGGGACAAUUCGGGAAAGAGUGUCUGAAGAAUUCGAAGAAGUAUGCGUGCAAGAAUAUGCUUCGCUAUCCACACACUACAUAUUCAACAUCUCGUUUUGUUCAUCGAAUUAUCUCCGCUACACAGGAAUACCUGGUGGUAUAUAUUCAUGCUAUGACCAAUGGUAAUUUCAAACUGGUAAGGAUUCAAAAACGGCUGACUCGACUUUGGGAAUUGGUUAGCUUCUUCUCUAAUCGUGAGUGGAUCAUUGAUGAUAAUAAUGUAGUGGAGCUCAACGAUCAACUUAGCCAAAUGGAUAAGAAAAUAUUCUGUAUUGAUAUGGGAAUAAUUGACUGGCCCACAUAUUUAGAAAAUUACGUCAAAGGAAUUAGAGUGCAUCUUUUGAAGGACAGCAUGGACAGCAUUAAGGAAGGUCGAGCUCGUCUCAAUGUAUUAUAUUGGAAAGAAAUACUUAUACAAUUAUUUCUGGUAGCCUUCAUAACUGCCUCUGUCUACGUCAUAAGUUUAAUUAUGUUUUUAUAAAUGUUUUAUGUAAUUAUUUAUCUAAUUAAUUAUGACUGUAUGGAUUUUCCAACAGAUUGCUUGAAUGUGCCAAACCCAAGCGAAAAUUUUUAUUUAUUCAUCCAUUCUGUUCUCACAAUUAAAAUAUAAUAUAUACGUACAUUCGAAAAUG